AUGUCAACCGAAAUGGAAGUAGACCCCCCUGUCAUCCAGGAUGAGGUGUCUGAACAGCAAGAGCAGGAUCGUGGUUUCGAGCCUCACACCCAGUCCGGCGCCGUGGCUGUGCGCAGUAUUGAGGGAUGGAUUAUCAUCGUGUCGAACAUCCACGAGGAAGCUUCAGAAGAGGAUGUCAACGAGCUUUUUGCAGAACAUGGCGAGAUCAAGAACUUCAACUUGAACCUUGACCGACGGACAGGUUACGUUAAGGGAUACGCAUUGAUCGAAUAUUCCACCCUCCCCGAAGCCACUGCGGCUAUCAAAAACCUGAAUGGCACCAAGCUCCUCGACCAGACCAUCUCGGUCGACUACGCAUUUGUCCGCCCACCCCCCGCUGGCAAGGGAGGAGCUAAGGGAGCUCGUGGUGCCCGCAAUCGUAGCCGCAGCCCAAACCGAAGCCGCAGCCCGGAGGCUGACCGCAACUAA